GCGCCUGAGUAUUUCGGAGGUGGCCAGAGAGACCCUGCAACAGAGCAAGGCCCCCGAGGUGAUGGCUGCACUCCUGCGUGCCAACUUGUUCGAAGCUUUCCGGGAUGUUGAGCUCUUUGUCACACAGGGAGGGCAGCUCCUGAAGUCCAAGUCCUGCUUGCUUUGGGACUGUGAGAGUGAGUUUGACUUCAUUCCGCGAAGAAUGGAUCAAAAGCUGGCAACGAACUUUCAGGAUGUGAAGGCCCAGCUCAAGACUCUGGAAUUCCGCACAGAGUUAGAUCUGCAGGACGUCUUGGAUUUGGCCAAGCAAGCCCAAGACACUGGCGACGUAGCCCUGUCGCAGAAAUUGAUCCAGCGUUUGGACCAUCAUCGUCACAUGGAGAACAUUUGCGCAUCUGAGGAGUUGCGUUCUUUGAAGUGGCUGCCAGCAUCACGACCAAACUCUACCAAUCUGGAACUGAUGGCUUCAAAUGAAGGAGUUUGGCAGCACAAAGCAAAACCUUGGGUGGGUCUGGUGAAACCUCUGGUAGAUGCACAUGCUUCUGAAAGGGUGCUCAAUGCUCUCACGGUUCCCGGGGAGAAAUGUGUUGAUGAUGCUGUUUUGUAUGAGCAGCUGGCAGCCUGCAUCAAAAGCGAAGGCGACCAAGAGAGCAAGGUACAGAUGAUCACUCCCAUCUACCAGCGUUUGAAGAGCACUCCAGCAAUUGACAAGUGGGUAUGGACCGCACGCGGCUUUCAAUCCCUUGUGCAUAUCUCCAAAGAUCCUGAUGUAGAGGGGCUGACCCCAUGCCUUCAUCGUUUGAGGGACGAUUGGCAUUUUCUCCCAGUCUUUGAGAGUGCAAACAAGAAGCUCACACCAGAAAUGCUUCUGAACUGCUUGGACAUGUCUGUCGAAAUUCCAUCAGAAAUUCGGCACAAGGUGCAAUUGACUGCCAUCAACUUGCUGACGCACAGAGCAUCUGAGGGUUCUGAGCCGCCAAAGCUCUCUGAUCUGGCUCUGGCGCGUGGCUCGACAUUGCGAAUCAUCACCAGAGAGGGCAAUCUUCUCCCGGUGACGAGUGUCUUUUUUCAUGACAUGAAAUGGCAAAGUCGCAGCGAGUGCCCACCACAGAUGGAAGAGGUCCACGAAGACAUUUCCCAGUCAUCCUGUUUGCGGUUCGGAGUGCGGAAUCUUUCUGAAAUUGUAGCUGCACAGUGCGAUUUUGGAGAAGGGGAUUGGCUUGAGGUGACUGGUCAACAAGAAUCACUCACCACCAGAUUGAAGGGAAUCCUCAAGGACUACCCUUGGCAGUCUCUUGUGAAAGAGAUGCUGCAGAAUGCUGAGGAUGCUGGGGCUUCUGUCUUCAAAAUUCUCAUCGACCGUCGACCCCGUGGAGAAGAAUCCUUGCUGACACCGGAGAUGGCUGCUUUGCAAGGCCCUUGCCUCUGGUUCUUCAACGAUGCAGUCUUUCAAGACAAGGAUUUUCAACGCCUAGUGAGUUUGGGGCAAGGGAGCAAAUCUGAAGAGAAGGGCAAAAUCGGAAGACACGGGCUGGGCUUCAACGCAAUUUUUAACAUCACGGACGUUCCUUCUGUGCUGAGCCGCCAGUCGAUUCUUUUCCUAGACCCUCAUGUCCACCACUUGAAGAAGCUUGGUGCCACGACGGAGAAACCUGGCAUUCGGCUCAACUUCCAGAAGAAGAACAUCAAGACCACAUGGCCCGAUCAGUUUGAGGCCUAUGAGAUUGAAGGGUGCAACCUCUCAAGUGGAGAUUUUGAUGGAACCUUGAUCCGUGCGCCACUUCGACGGGCAACUGCAAACAGUGCAAUCAAGAAUGAAUGUGUAGGGGAAGAAGAGAUUGCAAAGAUCAUCGAUCUCAUUUGCGAUGAUGGCCAUCUCUGGCUCUUACUUUUGAAGAGGGUGACAAAGAUAGAAGUGGUUGACCUACAGACCCAAACAACAUGUUGUGUUCAUGAGCGGCACAUGGAGAAAAAGCUCGUGUCUAUGCACAUCUCGGGGCAUGUGGAGCAAUCGCUUGUGGCAAUCCGCAGCAAGUUCACUGUGAAUUCAGGCACAAUGGAGAAAUGCAGGACAUAUCAGCUUUCCAAUCAGUCAGAGGUGAGCGUGGCACUGCCGCUAUGUCCAGAAAGUGAGUCUGAGCCAGGUCGUGUGUUCAGCAGGUUGCCUAUGGGGAUGGAGUCCGGUCUGGCAGCUCAUGUUUCUGCAUUGUUCUGGACAUCUGCGGACAGAAGAACCAUUGUGCUUGACCUCCACAAAGACCUUGAAGGGUGGGCAAAACGGAACCAUCAAUACUUGAAGCAAAUUGCAGGAUGUGUAGUAACCUCAAUCGCCAAGCAGACAGAUGAGAAGAAGCAGACCCUGUUGCAGUUCUUUCCGCGCUCCGAGAAACCAAGCCCAGUAGCAGAGGUGCUUUAUGAUCUCUUCUACCAAGAAGUGGUGCAGGAAUGCCGCAAAGGCCCUUCUCAAGUUCUGUUCACGGUUUCUGAAGAAGCUGCCUUGGCAUCAGCUGGUUCUAUUCUGUUGGUGAAGAAUGACUCGUGGCCACAGGCACUUAGAGAGCUACGAGCACCUUUGGUCAAGGUGAGUGAAGAUGUCUUUCAGAGCCUUGUGAAGAAGGAUUCAAGUCUGUUUCGAGAGCUGACCCCGGCAAACUUGAGAGAGUGGCUCAAACGUCUUGACCCCUCGCUUGAUCAUGUUUGCAAUGAGCAGCUCUUGCAAUUUUGUUUGGAAGACAAACCAUCCCCUGCGGAUUUGGCAGGAUGCCCGCUGAUCUUGAAGCUGGAUGGUGGAGUGAGUCGCUUUCUUGGACAUGUAGAUGAGGGUUCACCACGAUUUCUGUGCUGUUCCAGCCAAGAAGAGUGGCAGCUGGCCCAACACUUUCCUGCCAGUUCCGUUCUGAAGUUUGUAUCAGGCGAAGCUUUGCAAUCUCAUCCGCAAAUCUUGAAAAUGGAUCUUUGGAGUGUCGCGACACUUGGGAGGGAAGCCUGUGGAAAGGACUUCGUUCAGUCUUUCUGGCCGUGGUUCAAUCUGUUCACCGCCAGGGACCCUUCUGCAAAGUUCACAGAUCCGCCCUUUGCAGAGCAUCCUUUUGACUGCCUUCAUGUUCUAGAGGCAACUGAACAUGGCCAGAACAAGACCUUCCAGUUGCUGGAACGAAAGAGGGCCUUGAGCUCUUCGUCAGAUGUGUCGCAGGAGCUUGCCAAAGGCUUGGAGGCUUGCAACGUCUUGCUGGUGUCUUCCACAGCCCCUGCUGGCGCACAUGUUUGUCCAGGGGUGAAUCCAGAUUCUGUUGCUCGUGCUGUGCGCUCUGCUAUCUGCAUGAAGAACCUUCAAAAUCCAUUCCAUGCAGGAAACACUCCGUUGGGAAGCUGGCGGGCAGUUGCAGCGAAGCUGGCCCUUUCAGGCCUGCCUGAAGCCAUCGACGCUGCCCGAUUUUUGCCAGCUUUUCGCCUCUGGGGCAGAAGUCAAGCAGUGCAUCCUGGUGGCAAAGAGAUGUUUCCUUGCUGUGCCACUAAAGCUCUACGAGGUGCUCUUCGUCCAGUUCAGCUGGACAUUUUGGAUGAGGAAGAGCCAAGGCUGGUGGAGCUUCUGCAGAAAAUGGGUGUCAAAGACAUGCCUUUGAAGACAAUUGCUGAUGAGGCUUUGCGUCAAAGUCACGACCUCACCUUGAUUGCACAACUUGUGAGGGCAAUGAAAGAAGCUGAUCUCAGAGAAGCACUGAAAGGACAAAAGAUUUUUCCAGGUCCUUGCGAAAACUUGCUGACCCUGGAGGAAUGCUUACUGUGGGGCCAGGAACUUGACUUUGAAGUGAUCCCACGCCGCAUGUGUGGAAAGGCAGGCGAGCAGUUCAGGGGCUUGGAAGGGAAACUACAGGAAAUUGGCUGUCGCUGGGAGUUAGAUCUGCAGGACGUCUUGGAUUUGGCCAAGCAAGCCCGAGACACUGGAGACGUAGCCCUGUCGCAGAAAUUGAUCCAGCGUUUGGACCAUCAUCGUCACAUGGAGAACAUUUGCGCAUCUGAGGAGUUGCGUUCUUUGAAGUGGCUGCCAGCAUCACGACCAAACUCUACCAAUCUGGAACUGAUGGCUUCAAAUGAAGGAGUUUGGCAGCACAAAGCCAAACCUUGGGUGGGUCUGGUGAAACCUCUGGUAGAUGCACAUGCUUCUGAAAGGGUGCUCAAUGCUCUCACGGUUCCCGGAGAGAAAUGUGUUGAUGAUGCUGUUUUGUAUGAGCAGCUGGCAGCCUGCAUCAAAAGCGACGGCGACCAAGAGAGCAAAGUACAGAUGAUCACUCCCAUCUACCAGCGUUUGAAGAGCACUCCAGCAAUUGACAAGUGGGUAUGGACCGCAUGCGGCUUUCAAUCCCUUGUGCAUAUCUCCAAAGAUCCUGAAGUAGAGGGGCUGACCCCAUGCCUUCAUCGUUUGAGGGACGAUUGGCAUUUUCUCCCAGUCUUUGAGAGUGCAAACAAGAAGCUCACACCAGAAAUGCUUCUGAACUGCUUGGACAUGUCUGUCGAAAUUCCAUCAGAAAUUCGGCACAAGGUGCAAUUGACUGCCAUCAACUUGCUGACGCACAGAGCAUCUGAGGGUUCUGAGUCGCCAAAGCUCUCUGAUCUUGCUCUGGCGUGUGGCUCGACAUUGCGAAUCAUCACCAGAGAGGGCAAUCUUCUCCCGGUGACGAGUGUCUUUUUUCAUGACAUGAAAUGGCAAAGUCGCAGCGAGUGCCCACCACAGAUGGAAGAGGUCCACGAAGACAUUUCCCAGUCAUCCUGUUUGCGGUUCGGAGUGCGGAAUCUUUCUGAAAUUGUAGCUGCACAGUGCGGUUGUGGAGAAGGGGAUUGGCUUGAGGUGACUGGUCAACAAGAAUCACUCACCACCAGAUUGAAGGGAAUCCUCAAGGACUACCCUUGGCAGUCUCUUGUGAAAGAGAUGCUGCAGAAUGCUGAGGAUGCUGGGGCUUCUGUCUUCAAAGUUCUCAUCGACCGUCGACCCCGUGGAGAAGAAUCUUUGCUGACACCGGAGAUGGCUGCUUUGCAAGGCCCUUGCCUCUGGUUCUUCAACGAUGCAGUCUUUCAAGACAAGGAUUUUCAACGCCUAGUGAGUUUGGGGCAAGGAAGCAAGGCCAUGGAGAAGGGGAAGAUUGGACGUCAUGGCCUUGGCUUUAAUUCCAUCUUCAACAUCACAGAUCUUCCAUCCAUUCUCAGUGGUGAGCAUCUCCUUUUCCUCGAUCCCCAUGUGAAGCAUUUGGCGAAGCUUGGCGCCAAUGUCCUGAGGCCUGGCGUCCGAUUGAACUUUUUGAAGAAGGAUGUCAAGACGUGCUGGCCAGAUCAGUUCAGUUCCUACGAGUUAGAAGGCUGUCAACUGUCGAAGGGCCACUUUCAUGGGACACUCAUCCGCGCACCCUUGCGACGGCGACCCAGUGACAUCAGCAGGGAUUCGUUUGAGGAUGAAGAUGUCCAGAAGCUUGUAAAGUGGAUAGAAGAUGAUGGUUGUGACUGGCUCUUGUUUCUACGAAACGUGGCAAGACUUGAAGUCAUUGAUGUUUGCAGCCAGAAGGUGCUUGCAGCCUUCAGCAGAGAAGAUUCCCAACAGCAAGCAAUCAUCUCUAGCGCUGGCACUGGCGUGGUGAGAAAACGCAAAUAUCACAUGGGUCACGUGGCACUUCCACAUGGUGAAGACAUCUCCGUGGCGCUUCCACAGGAGCUUUCUGAAGUGCCGUCGGGAAGGUUUUUCUGCCGACUUCCUCUGGAGGUGCCAUCGGGCAUGCCUGGACACCUUUCAGCGCUCUUCUGGACCAGCACGGACAGAAGGACUUUGGUGGUGGAUGCAGACAAAGAUCAAGGACACUGGGCUGCUGAGAACAGACGGUUGUUGCAGAUGGCUGUCAAAUGCCUCGCCUCCUUGUUGGCCAAGAAGGCUGCAGCUCAGAAGUCAGUGCCAUUGAGCUACUUUCCUUCUCAUACCCAGCCGAGCCCGGCGGCAAAGCUUUUGCAUGAGCUCUUCUAUCAAGAACUUGUGCAGAGAAUCAAGACAUCAGACAGUGAGCAGGUGCUGUUCACCGUCGCUGGCCAGCCAGCAUGCCUUCCCUUGAUCCUCUUGAGCAUGCCACAAGAUCUACCGUCAGCUCUGCAGAAGCUCCAGGCUCCAGUGGUGGUCGUCAGCGAGGUCGUUCUGCAAGGCCUGCAAGGUGCAGAUCCAUCCAUUUUUCAGCCGCUGAGCCCUGCAUCCUUCAGGUCAUGGUUGCGACAGUUGCCGGUGGAACUUCACCAGUUCUGUGACCAGGAAAUCUUGAUCUUCGCGCUUCAGGACGGAGCUCAAGGAAUCCGAAAAGCCGAGGAUUUGGACGGAUGCCCAUUGGCUCUGACUGCAGAUGGGAAGGUGAAGCGCUUCUCAUCUUCAAAAUAUGCCACACCUUGCUUUGUGUGCUGCAGAACGGAUGAGGAAAGUGACAUUGCUCGCCACUUUCCCUCAGAGGUGGUGCUGCAGCACGUUCCAUCCAUCAGUGAGGUGCUUCUGGAACAUCCGCAGGUCCAGAAACUGGAUAGGAGCGCGGUGGCCAAAUUUGGUGCCGCCGCCCGUGGUACUGACUGGGCCAAGUCUUUCUGGACCUGGUACCGGAGGCAGUGCGUCACCAAUCCCGACUUGAAACUGGACCGAGGCGCUCAACGGCACAUCUUCGAUGACCUGGAAGUGCUAUGGCACCAGGAAGCAGAUGGAUCCGUGACGCUGAAACCUCUGCGGGAGCGGAGGCGGGCACUUCACUGCGAAGAUUUGGAGGCUCCGGUGGUCGCAUGCCUCAGGGCCUGCAACGUUUUGGUGGUGUUGAAUUGCGAUUGCCCUCCAAUUGAUCACCAUGAUGCGUUGGCCCGUGCCCUAUCUUGGGCAUUGAAAAGUCGCCGGGAACGCAUCACUGGCGUCCAAGAUCAAGGCUGGCGUGAUCUGCUCAAGAUCUUGAUCAAGUCUGAAUUGCCAGAGGCCUUGGAAAUGGCCAGAGUUCUACCACUUUUCAGGAACUGCGGGGGAACAUUGGUCACACCUGACCGUCAACUCUUUCCACUGAGGGUCAGCCCAGAAUUCCGAGUGGCGGUGGCACCGCUGUCUCUGGAGCUCUUGUCAGAGACGGAUGGCAGCAUCGUCCCAUUCCUUUCACGCCUGAGGGUCACAGAAAUGGAGCCCGCAGAAGUGGCUCGCAGGGCGCUUUGCCAAGAGAGCUCCGUCUCGUUCCUGGCGCAGCUUCUCCGCGAGAACCUGGGGGAAGUACUGCAAGGGAUGCCCGUGUUCCCCGUGCUGAAGGGAUGUUUGUAUGUGAGGCCAUUGGAGCAGUGUUUGCUGUGGGACGCUGAACCGGAUUUCGAUUUCCUGGAGAGGCGUCUAUCUCCAGAGGUCCGGGACGUCUUUGAGGAGCAGUAUGACAAGCUGUCGCUGCGCUGCCGGAACAAGUUGGACGUCUGCGAUGCGGAGGAAAUUGCCAGGAUGGUGGUACGGAAGAAAGAUCAUGAGCUGUCCAGGAAAUUGCUGAAACGGCUUAGCCAAUCAGAAGAUCUGUGUAAAUCCUCUGCACUUUCGGAGAUUCCAUGGCUGCUGGUGGAUAUGGAGGGCCAAACAGGUCUGGUGGAACCUCGUUCAGCUUGGCACCAGGAUGUGAAGGAUGUGCUGGGUCUUGUGAGACCAAUUGCGGAAGGACCAAAGAGCACACUGAAACUGUUGCAGGUGAAGUUCGAAGAAGACCUGGAUGACAAUGUCUUGAAAGAACAGCUGGAAGCUUUGAUUCAACGAGCUGCAAAUCAGCAUCGUGUGGAUGCAAAGGAUUGCGAGCCAAUCUACAGGCGCCUGUCUCAAGCACCUACGUUGGGAUCAUGGAUUUGGACCGAGCAUGGCUUCGCCUCGUAUGAGGACGUGUUUAAGCACUCAAGGGCCCAUGCAUUGCAGCCUUUCUUGCAUACCCUACAGAGUGACUGGGUCAGCUAUGAAAUCUUCAAAGACAUCCAGCAACAGCCAGAAAUCCCCAAGCUGCUACAAGUGCUAUCAGGCUUGAAGAAGCUGCAAGGGGAGGAACCUACCAAUGUGCCAUCAUCCUUUGCAACCAGCACGGAGCCUUGUGCCGAGCAUCGGCUUCUAGAAGUUGCCUGCGUCGCCUUAAAGUACUUGUAUCAGGAGGUGGACAGUCUACCAGAGGAGCAUGGGCAAGAGGUGUUGAUGGGCUUUCGACAGCAGCAUGGACAACAUGUUUGGAUCCCCGCAGCAGAUGGAGUCUUGCGCCUGGCAAACCAGUUAUUUGUCCACGACAUGCCUUGGGCCUCGAGUCAACCGCCGGCUUUUCUCGGUUUUCAUCGAGUGCAUUCAGAGGUCCCUGCAGGUCAUGCCCGAGCAUUUGGUGUCGAAGCCAGCAGCGUCUUGCUGCUUCGGAUGCUUCAGAAGGAUCCAGUUGGACUGCGAGAUCCUGCCAUGGAAGAUCAGGAGACCGAAGUCCUCAGAAACUUUCAGAGGGCCUACCAGAACCAGGAGAAAUCCUUGGGUGCAGUGCUGGAACUGCUUCUGCAAGUGGCGGAUUCAGCUGGAGCAACUCGGGUUCACUUCACUUUGGAUUGGCGACAGCACAGUGACAGGUCGUUACUCACAGAGCAAAUGGCACGACUACAAGACGCAGCCAUCCACGUGGCCUUCGAUGCUCCUCUGAGCCAGGAAGAGUGGCAAGGCCUGCGUGAGCUAAAUCCCAAGUGGGCCAAACUCUUCGUCUUCUCGGACGUGGUGUCAGUGGUCAGUGAGGAUUGCGCUGUCUUCGUGGACCCGCUGCUCUCUGGUGAUGCCAGUGGCAUUAGUGGCUACUUGAAAGGUCUGGCAGAAUGUCGAAGUGGAUUUUGGCUCAGCUUAUCUUCCAAAGAUCUCAGCAAAACGUGGCCUGAUCAGUUCAAACCCUUCGAAACAGGACUGGCCUCCGAUGCCGAUCUCUUCUCUGGACACACGAAGAUCACUGUGCUACGCUUCGCCUUGCGAGACGCCAUGCCGGGGACGUCUCUGAUGGAGAAAGAGCGCCUUCGGACGGAUCUGCAGCAGCAAAUCUCCGAGGUGGCUUCUGGUGAAGACUGGCUUCUGUUUACCAAGACUUUGGGAGAGAUCCAGAUCCAGGAGAUUGUGGAAGCGCCAAAUCGCCUUGAUCGCCUUUGCACCUUUUCCGGUGAGAUCCUGGAAAGGGUGGACACGGAAUCUUCUGUCAUAGAGAGGAGAAAAUUAUGGAAGGUCAAGGUUGACAGCUUUGGAGAGGAUUCCGCCCCUGGCGAGAAUGCUGAGGAGAAAGAAAAGCCGACAGAGUCUGAGUGGUGGGUUGGCUGGCGAAAUUCCAUCGCCGUGGCGUGCAGGCAAUACUACAGAGGGGCCUUCAAGGCCUUCAAGCCAAGUGUGGGAACAGGAGCUCGCCUAGUGCCACAAUCUCCGGAUGUGUUUCCAGGUGCUCAUGUCUUUGGGGUGGAGCAGAGGCAGUUGGAGAGGAUGGCCAUGGGAUCCAUGUGCUCCCAUCAAGAUACGGACACGUUGGCAAAUGUGGCCGUGGAUCUGGUUCUGCACAUCUGGGCCGCCAAACGGCGCUUCUGGCACGAGUUGGUACCUCGGCAGGUGCUGCAGCAUCAACGUGGAGCUGACCUGGCCAGGCGUUUCUCAGAUGCUUUGGUCAAUCGUUUUGAGAUCCAGGGCCGCAGUCUGCGGCAAUGCCGCGCGGCACCACGACCGGAGCUGUUGCGGUAUGCCUUCAAGUUCCAACGGUGGCUGGUGGAUGAACUACAGGUGGUGGUGGUUCCAAAAGAGCUGGCAGAACUCUUUGCACAGGAUGCCAGCUUGAACAUUCCGGAGCCAGACGUCACGGAUGUCUUGCAAGGCUUUCGUGGACUGCCAGAGCCACAGGUCAACGCUGAAAUUGCGUGCAAAUGGCUGUUUGAAGGUUUCGAGGACGCCAAGGAAGUCUUGGCUCGCAGCUUCCGGGACUCUGUACAUCUUCUGCGACGAGAAGAUGACAGCUAUGGCAAUUUUGAGGGGUGGACCUGGUACAUUGAGGGUGACUCUGAGUCUGAACGGAAGGCCUUUCGCGACUUGAUUCUAGGCGGCGAACCUUCCAAGAAGGUGGUUAUGCCCAACUACAUGUUCAAGAAGCAUUUUGAUGAAUCCUUGGGCGUUUUGAGGCCACACUUGAUUGCCCAUGUAGCCCUGAGCCCUUCAGACGUGAACGCAGCCCACUUCUGGCAUCUGCUGAAUCUGGGAGCCUAUCGAGGACAAGAGGAGGACUUGCCACAGCUGGUCGGCAAGCUGAAGAUCCGAGCGCGCCGUUGGGACCAACGGAUCCAGCAGAUCCAGCAGAUCAGCGUUCCGUGUGGAGAGCAUUGUGUGCUGGCAGGUGCCCCAAACCAAGCAGAAGAAGCCUUGCUGGCCGUUGGUUGUCAGCUGGCCUUGGAUCCAGUACCCGCAGCCUUCGCGGGAAGUACACCAUGGCAUGUCGCGAAACAUGUGGAGUGGCUUCGGAUGAACGACCUUCUGCAAGUGGAAGCUGCUUUGGAUGAACACAAGGAGAAGCUCUGUGAAGCCUACUUGAACGAGUCCAUGGAUCCAGAAGUGCUCAAGAUCUUCGUUGAUUUACCCAUCAUCAAGGUGGGAGAAUCCCACCUCGCCUUGAGCAAAUUCAGCAUUGUCGGGUGCCCUGAUUUGGCUCUGGCUGCCCAGCGGUCCAAUCUGAAGGUGCUACAUGCUCACGACCCGCGCAGCAAAGCCUUAGCGAAGGCCAACGCGAAGGCAGAAGUGCGGCCUUUUGCGUUGCUGCAGCAGCACCAGGCAGUGUUGGCCAGACGCCCAGCUUCAGGCAAUCAAGAGAUUCUCUUGACGGCGUUGCGGGCAUCUGAUGGCGCUCCUGGAGAUAUUCAGAUGAUCAUGCAACUUGCCAUUCUCAACGGGCAGACCAUGGAAUCUCUUUGGAACCGGCAGGAUCCUCUGGCCGCUCAGCUGGGUGCCUUCGAUGGAACUCUGACGGACUUUGUAACGGAAGCCAUGAAGCUAUCGGAGGUGAAGAGACGGCUCAAGUCGACGCUGAGAGCUUCACAGUUAGUGGAGCUCCUCCAGCAAUACAGGCCCAAGGACAAAGUGCCGGGUGCAGCAUGUGAGAGAUUCACAGGCAGCCUUUUGCUCACAGUCUCAAAGAUGGAACUGACUGAGCUGAACUCAUUGGAAACUUCCGCGCCCUUUGCGGAUCUGCAAGUGUUCUUCCUGAAGGGACAGUGGCGGAAGAGGAAAGAAGUCAUCCCACCAAAGUUUCAGGACAUCCUCUCCAAGACCAAUGCACCGGUUCUAGAGCACCUUCAGCCACACGUGGCCUGCCUCUUUGCAGAGCGGCCGCCUCUUCAACUUGUGGUGGAGCAACUGUGCAAGUUGGCUGAAGGAAAGUCAACGGAUUGGAAAGUGGCCCAAACAGAGCGGGAGGAGUUCCUGAAAGUGUACAAGUUCCUGGACGAAAACAUUCUCGACAAUCCUGACGUGUUGGCCCCAUUGAAGACGGUGCGGUGCAUUUUGGACGCCGAGGGCACAUUGCGGGUGGCGGGCCUUUUUAGCCUUGGUUUGAUGAUGGACAUGGGGCCACUGAGCGCAGUGGCCGCAGAUGUAAAGCCCUUCCAACAUUUCCUGAUCGCGUUGGGUGCUCGCGAAUCCGCAUCAGACAGGCCGUUGCCAGAGCCUAUGGUACCCGAGAAGCUGAUGCAGGAGAUGGUGAAGGACACAGAUUUCGUCGAUGUAAGAAUCGACUGCAACGAUGGCAGCAUGUGGGCCCACCGCAUAGUUUGCUGCAACGUGUGUUCUGGGUUCCGAAGCAAACUGCUGCAGUCAACGGAUCGCGGCCACUGGCUCUUGCAGGACAAAGCUCCAUGUUCCUCACAGACACUGGCAGUGAUAAAAGAUAUUAUCUACUCUGGCCGCGUUGAUAGCCAUCGUAUCGACCAGAUGAGCAAUGCAGAACGUCAGGAAUGUUUGAGGGCUGCCACCUGGUUUGGCAUGUCUUAUGCGCAAGAAUGGUUGCAGCAAUAUAUCCAUGGAGCUCACCCAGAGGAGUUAGAAACUGCAGAGAUCAAGAUGCCUAAACAUUGGAAUCAAACGCUGAUACAGCAGCGCUGGCGAUUGGGACCGCGAUUGGAGAGUGUAUCAUCGCAACAUGUUCUGGAACAACUGAAGAAGGUGCUUAUCCCACAUGAUGCCGCAGAUCUGGGCCAUGGACGAGACUGCCGUGGAAGCAAUCCAUACAACUUUCUGGAGCUUCACCAAGCUUGGCGGAUCGAAAACUUCCACCUCUGGCGGAAAUUUCAGCACGAAGUGUUGAGGACCAAAGAUUUGAAAAAAAAUCAGUCGCUCGCCAUGCACAAAGUCAGCAUCCGGAAAGCUCUGGUGGAUGCGACCCAAAAAUUGCCUGAACCGGUCGCUAAAGAUAUCAACGAGGUCUUCUUACUGCAUGGGACCAAGCCGCCAAGUGUGAAAAAGAUCUUGAGCGACGGUUUGAACGAACGCUUCUCUGGAGGACUCUUCGGUCACGGCUCCUACUUGGCAGAGGACCCUGCAAAGAGUGAUCAGUACGCCACACCAGAUGCUCGUGGUGAAGCAGUUCAGGGACAUGUUGAUGAACCCCCGCGAAAUGUUUGCUACAUGUUUCUCUGCCGCGCAGUGCUAGGACGCUUCGUGCAGACGAAGGAUGGAGAAAAGAGCCUGCAGGAUGGCAGAAGUAUUUGGUCCACGCCUGACAGGCGCGAGUUCAACACAAUUCCUCGCUUUGAGUCGCCCUAUCACUCAUUGCAGGUGGAGACUGGGGGAAAGGUCCAGCGGCAUCGCGAAUACAUUUUAACGCAUAGUGAGCGCAUCUAUCCAGAGUACCUGAUUGCAUACAAAAGACAAUACCGCUAGAAGCAACGGUUGGAUCUGUGGAUCUCCAAGAUUUGACAGAUUGUACAGAGAGUGCGUGCAGCCGGUACUCCUCCUUCUCCUUCAGAGAGGUCCAGUCAUG